AUGGCAGAGGACCCAACAGCGACAUAUUAUCAGCUGAAAAACAGCUCAGUGUGUCUGAAUGUCAGGAAACCGCCACCAUAUAAACGUGGUGAAUGGAAAUUUAACACAAUGAUUAUUGUUGAUGAUACAGAAAUCAAUCCAAAAUACACAGACAGAGUGACUUAUAGUGCUGGAAACCUCUCCCUGUGUAUUAAUAACCUGGCUGAUACAGACACUGGCAUAUAUGAAGUCUCAUACCGCUUUAACUAUAUUACAGUGUCAGAGAAGCAUCAAGUCAUUGUUCAAGAUGUGGUUCCCAGACCUGUCAUUAUAAUGUCAAAGCUUGGCUCCAACCAGUCUGCUGGACUCUGCAGUAUCACAGUAAACUGCUCCAUCCAGGAUUAUUGGCUUUGGUCUGUUUGUGAUGAAGACGGCUGCAGAACAUCUCAGAAAUCAUUCAGUGAGGUCAACAUCACCAUCUUCACUGAGAACAGAGCUGUGGUCUGCAGAGGCAACAACCAUGUUAGCACAAAUAAAGCUUCUGAAAACUCAACACUGUGUUUAAAAUCGAAUAAAGAUGAAGAGAAAUCGCAACAACUCAUACUAAAAGGAAGAUUUAUUACAGUUUCUAUAUUAAUUAUCCUCGGAGUAUUUUCUGUCUUUUUAGUUAAAACAAAAUACAAAUCCUACAAGUCUAGAGCCUCUUAUUCUGAUGAUCCUGGCCCUGUUUAUGAGAACAUGGACGUCUUUCAGUCCAACCAGACCAGCAGCUCAAGAGAGGAAAUGAUCUCCAUGAAAUGCCACAAAGCAGAUACCAUCUACAACUGUCCAGAAGUGACGGCCACCAUGGAGGAGGCCCUCCAAACAGACUGACUCAGUUUACAGCAACAAAUCUGCUACAUACACAGAACCACCAAGAGGUCAAACAAGAUCUGUGAACAGGGGGAAACAAAAGGAAACAGAACAAAGAAACUGAGUUUUGUUUUUUUGUUUUUUGUUUUACUUCAGACAGAUACUCCAAAUAAUGACUAAAGCACUUAAAAAAUAAUAACAACCCUCCACCAAGGUAUCUCACUCUGGUCAGUAUUUACUUUAAAAGGAACAGUAUCUUGUAUAUAUUAAUUUUGUUUUCUUUGUUCUUUUUAAACAUACUUUAAUACAUUUGUAGAAACAAGUGUAAAAACAAAUACAAAGUGCUGGACUUUUCGUUUCAUUUGUCCUCUUGAAACCCAUUUUGACAUGUUUGACAUCAUUUUGACUGUAACUGUUUGUUUUAUAUGGAUAUAGUACAUGUGUAGCAUUCAUUUCAUUGUUUAGUGAUAAAUUUCAAGUGAAAGUUUGUGAUCAUAAGUUUAUUUUGUUUUACACAAAUAGCAGUUAUUCAGAAACAGGUAUAACCUGUCAUUGUAAUGUACAUAAAAGUCAUAAUAAAAAUGAAUCACUCAAAAAAAGUGUCCCAUGCCAACCAGGGGCGGAUCUAGAAGGGUGGCAUGUGGUGUCAAGUUCCACCCUAAAGUGAUCUCUUACCACCCCAAGUGCUACCCUAGUUU